UUGAAGAAGCUCUCGAGAGUGCUCGUUCUCGGCACAGAAAUGGAGGAAGACACGACACUGUACCUGCAGCUCCACAAGCUCUCCGCCACGGUCUCCGACGAAACCCUGGGCUCCGUGCUCUCCACUCUCUGGAUGACCCGCCGGACCGGCGUCGGCUCUCUAGAGAAGUCCCGCAUCCGGUUUCUCCUGGAUCCACCUUCCAUUUCCGAGCUCGAUCCUGUCCUUGCGUGCCUGCGUUCUCUCAUCAGGAAGUGUGUUCACGAGGACUACGGCGAGGAGGACCUGCUGAAGCUGUUUCCGCCUGACCUGCCGCUCGAGCUGCAGAGCAAUCUCGUGCUUGUCCUCUUCAGGUAUAAGAAUCAGUGGAAGGAGGAGCUCUCGAAGGGACAGAACACAUUGCCUCAGCCCGGUGUCCCGUACCAGGUGCAAGCAAGUCUGCCAGCUACUUUCACGAGUUUCCCGCAGUCAGAAGCGUCGACAUCCAGAAGGCCUUAUCAUGACGAUCCGAGCUUUUGCUUUCAUCAUGGAAAUGUUGGCUCCUCUAACCCGGUUAUUUUGGACUCGGACAACUCACAUUCUGGAGUAUUUACCUUGCAACAGGAUGAUGUUAUUUCGGAGCACCCUGCAAGCAUGCCCCGCCUCAAGUCUAUGAGCUGGACUAUGGAAAACAGCAAAUCUUCAGCUUCUAAGGUUGCUGUCGUUACUCUCAAGUUGGAAGAUCAUGCUAAAUCUCCUUCAGAAGAAAUAGAGGCAAAGUUUCAGCUUACCAAAGACACGUUCGAGGCGAUGUUAAGCUCAAUGACUUACAUAUGUGAGCAACUCUCUAGCAAGGUCGGGCCUUCUUCAGAGCCAUUGCAGAAAAAGCAAAAACAGUAGAACUUAUUCCUCCUUCACGUUCAUGAUUUUACCAAAUGCAUUAAAGCUUUGCGUCGGCGCAUAAGCACUCUACUUACUUCUGGUGGUUUAUAAACACAUGAUCUGGGGAGGGUUUUGAUGGACUCCCUGAGCAGUAGAAAGUACAAAAUCACUCCUGAUGUUUACUGAGAUAUUCGGCGUACAAACUCUUUCUUCAAAUUGUACAGUUGCAAGAUUUUCGAUGAAAUGGAAGCUUCUCGGUAGUUAGACUCAUUAUGAGGUCUGCAUCAGUUUGUUUCUUUGGCAUUAUGAUGCAUUGGCAACUAUUGACAGGAGGAGGUUUAAUGGAAGUUUUGUUUCUCCAA